AUGUCAGGAACAAAUCCAUCAAAAAGACCAAACGAUAAUGAUGACGAAGAAUCGGCCAAAAGACGCAAAGAAAAGCUCGAAGAAUUCGAGCUACUUUGUUCAAGGCUACCCAAGCCACAGGGAAAUGAUCGAGGUCGCAGCCAGACACGAUCUACUGGAGGCCAUGGAGGAUCUCUAAGUGGAAACUUCCACCAGAAUGAAAAUGUACAAGACGAUACUCAGUCUUUAGUACCCGCGCCAACGCCCGGUGGGACGCUUGGUUUCGGAAUGUUUGGAGCGAAUUCGCUCUUUCCACAGACCGCCAUCGGCAUGUCUGAUGGCAGUCUCUUAAGCAGACUUAGCAUGGCACGCUUAGGCAAUGGAUACAUUGACAUUAGCACACUGGGCAGCAAUGAUCUUGCCAGUGUUGCCAAUUUCACAGGCAACGGUCUCGUUCCCUAUAGUGCAACCCAGGGCUUGGCGCAACGAGUUGCACAGGCUCAAGAUCAGUCCAUUUUGAUGCAGCAUUGCUAUCAACAAGGACUGAUUCAGGGCCAGUCCAAUCAGGUGCCAGUCCAAGCGGAAAAUCAAAGAACGCAGUGGGUUAGCACCAAUCCUCCAGAGAAAAGCUGGAGUGGUGCUCCUAGGCUACCUAAAGGUAGCAAGGCUCGAGCAAAAGAACCAACUCGUCCCAGAUGUGAUCGCUUGGACUUGAGACUGAAGAAGUAUACCGACGAGAAUGGCAUAGAGAAAUCGUUGAUAAACGUGGUCACAUUUGAUGGCCGUGCCACCAAUCUGGUAUCCCCCGUUCAAUGUUUGAACCCUGGUGUAACCAUGGGAAUAACUUCCUUAGGAGACAGGACUGUUCUUAACAAAGCUAUCGAAAUCGCAGGGAGGACAGCCGAACAUAAAGAUAAACCACACAUGGGACAUGUGUGGUAUCUUAUUGGUCCUGUUCUUAGGCGCCCCGAUUCCGCGAGAGAUGGUCCGCCCUCUGCCAGAUACGACAGAGUAUUCCUAAGCAGCUCCCAGGAAGAUAUCGAUCUACCGCCAAAGAUUUCCGGAAUUGGAAAGGAUGGUAAUAUCAAUAUGCCAGGUCGCUCUGACAUGGAACGUGUCAUCCAGGAACGAGAUGAGUUGAUCAAGCAACUGGACCAAGCAAUCCAUGAUCGGAAUGCAUUGAUUGCAAUCUUUCGAACUGGAAAUCCUUAUCUCACUCAUGACACCGAUGAAUUGCUAGACCGAGACUUCAAUGCACAGGCAGCAGAGAUUACGGCAAACAAUACACCAUUGCCCCCUGAUUAA